AGAAUAAAUCAGAUGGCAAAAAUCGAUUUGGCGUGUCCAGUUAAAAGAGUCGAUUCUAAUCAAAGCGAUUCAUUUUGAAUCAUCCAGCACCUGGAUUUAUAUGAGCUUUCAGUUAAGUGACUCUCACUCCUUGGCCCCCCGCAAUGUCUCUCCAAACUAAAGCGCUGGUCACAGCCAAGUGGUUGUCCCAGGCCAUCAAGACGCGUGCGGGUGCCAAUGUGCGUGUCCUGGACGCGUCUUGGUACUUACCCAAACUUAAGCGCAAUUCCGCGAGCGACUUCAAGAAGCGCCACAUACCCGGGGCUGCAUAUUUCGACCUGGACCGCUGUAGUGACCAAACCUCGCCGCUUGAUCACAUGCUCCCCUCGGCAGGCGACUUCGCAGAGUACAUAUCGCGCCGUGGUAUUACCAACGACGCGCACGUAGUGGUGUACGACGCGAGCGAGCAGGGCGCGUUUUCCGCCCCGCGCGUAUGGUGGAUGUUCCGCGUGUUCGGUCACCACACUGUGUCCGUGCUGGACGGAGGCUUGAAGCACUGGAUGCAGGAAGGAUACCCGGUUACGGAGGAGCGCGAGAAGCCGGAGCCCACGGAUUACCGGGCCAUGCUUGACCGGUCAUGGGUGAAAACCUACGAGGACAUUUUGGACAAUAUCGAGACGAAAGAGUUCCAGUUGGUGGACGCGCGACCUGCGGGGAGAUUUAAGGGUAGAGACCCUGAGCCUAGAGACAACACUGAACCUGGCCACGUACCCGGUUCCAUCAACAUACCUUUUACAUCUCUAUUGGCACCCUCUGGUCUUUUUCUUCCUCCGGAGCAGUUGAGGGAACUGUUUCAGCAGGCUGGUGUUGAUCUGCAGUGCCCACUCUGUGUCACAUGUGGCUCAGCAGUCACGGCGUGUCAUGUCGCCCUGGCGGCCCAUGUAUGUGGGCAGCCAAACGUGAGCAUAUAUGAUGGCGGUUGGUCUGAGUUCUAUACACGUGCUGCACCCGAGCACGUCAUCUCCGAGGGACGAGGAAAGCACUGGUGAUAAGAGAGAAAAUGGAGAGCAAGAUGGCAACGCACAAAACCUCAUUAACUAUAUGUUUUUAACAUAAACUCAAAAUCUGAAUUACAGAAAUAUCUUGUGGUUUAUACUGGUUUUAAUAUGUCCUUGUUGUCUUUCCUCACACAAAUUUGUCUUAAAGGAAAAAAGGUUUAAUUUUUCAUGAACACUUACCAUUGUUACUAAAAGCAACAUGUUUGACAUGGGAAAUCUGUCAUCUUACUUUGAAUAUUGUCUUUCUAAGUAAAUAUGUUGCUAACUUAGUAUAAUACAAUAAACAUUAAUUUCUCUUAACUAUAUUUACAGUAAUCUCAAUAGAAUUACAGCACUAUCCUGUGGAAAUUUACCUCAGACAAGGGUUGUAUAAGAGAGCUAAUAUUUUACAAACACUCACCCUUUGUGACCAAAAACCUUAUAAAAGGAUAGGAUGCUUAGCAUCUACUAGGCAAGGUACUGGAUAGAAACUAGUCAGCAUUAUGUUGAACUAGCAUUCCAACUCGCUAGAAUUCCACUAAUAUAUCUAGCUGGAUGUUAUUGUACUGGUUGUAUCCAUGCUUCAAUACUGUAUAAUUAUCUUCCUGUUAAUAUUGUCUUUCUAAUCAGACAGGAUGCUAAACUAAGUUUUCUGAUGAGCUAAUUAGCUAGCUAGCAUUACAAUGAAAUAGCAUUCAUUCAUUCAUUCAUUC